UGAAACGAAAGAGCCCUCUCUCGCCGUCCUGCCCUAACUCAGGAUCCCACCACGCCCGGCGACGCCCCCAAAACCCUAAUCGCCUCGGUCUGGUCCUCCCGUCCUCUACCGUCGCCGGCUGCCAUCCCGGUCGCUGAUCCGUUGGCCCAAAGAACUUUUCCUUUUUCCGGAGUCGAUCUCGACACCGCAGGAAGAUGUAUCUGGACUCAUCGAGACAGUGUUAAUAAAAAAACAGUUGACAGAUGUACACCAAAAACAAGUAAACAUCAUACAAUGCAAAUUGCUUCCAAUUCUGAUGGAGCCAUUGCACAAGAAACGGAAUUUGAUGUGGAUAUAGGUCCUAGGAGCCUGAUUCAGUUGUUUGCACUUACAGCACCAAGGAUGCUAUGGUAAAUGAACACUCUACUUACCACUUAAAGAGAUAAAAUUCUUCCGACAUUUUUAUGGCUUCUGAGACACUUUGUGCAAGUGAUCAAAGGGGUGGAAAUUUUUGCAGAGAAAGUAAAGGACAUAAUGAAAUUAAUCCAGGAGAAUCUCAAAAGAGCUUCUCUUGCUCAUGUGAAUGCCAUGGAAAAUCAGCUUCUCAGGCCAGGAAUGGCUCUGUGAGUUUUGGUGAAAGAUUUCACAAAGAUCAUUUGGGUGAUCAUAGUGGUGGCUUGUUAACUGAGAAGUCCAACCAAACAGAUGUUGGUUCAGAAAGGUUAGUGGGUGUAUCAUUAUCAGAUGUGAGAACUGUUACCAAUGCUUCUGAAAAGGCUUGUCUGCAUGAAGAGCAUGAAAGCUGUGAUGCAUGCAAUUCUAUAAAACUGCAACAAUAUAUGAAGAAGCAAAGGAACAAUACAUUACAAGAUCUGUAUUUUCAAGAAGAGUACGAUGAUGAUGAUGAUGAUGACAGCGACUGGGAACCAGUCAGUCCCUUUGUCAUCAAAAAAUGGUUUUGUGCUAAUUGUACAAUGCCAAACUUUGAUGAUGUUUGUCAUUGUGAAGUAUGCGGAGAGGAUAGGGAGUGCGAGUUCUUUAGAUUUGAUCCUAUCGAUUCUCUUGUUGGGCAGGAAGCUCAGAUGUCUAAUGAGACAGAUGCAGGAAGCUCAGAUUUGUCCUUGAGAACGAGGACAGCUAUUGGUUUUGAUGAGAAAAUGUUGCUCCAUGCGGAGGUUGAAAUGAAGUCACACCCACACCCAGAGAGGCCUGAUCGUCUUAGAGCAAUUGCAUCUAGCCUUGCUGCUGCAGGGAUAUUUCCAGGAAAGUGCUCUCUGAUACCGGCUAGAGAAAUAACACAAGAAGAGCUUCUUAGAGUACACUCUCUGGAUCAUGUUGAAGCAGUUCAACACACAAGCCAUAUGCUUGCAAGCUACUUCACGUCCGACACUUAUGCCAAUGAACAUUCAGCGUGUGCUGCAAGGGUUGCAGCUGGACUCUGUUCAGAUCUUGCUCGCACAAUAGUGUCUGGUAGUGCCAAGAAUGGUUUUGCUUUGGUUAGGCCUCCUGGGCAUCAUGCAGGUGUAAGACAAGCAAUGGGCUUUUGCCUCCAUAACAAUGCUGCAGUUGCAGCAUUGGCAGCCCAGAGUGCUGGUGCUAAGAAAGUCUUAAUUGUUGACUGGGAUGUCCACCAUGGCAAUGGCACACAAGAGAUAUUUGAGGGGAACAAAUCGGUUUUAUAUAUAUCUUUGCAUAGGCAUGAAAAUGGAAGAUUCUAUCCUGGAACUGGAGCAGUUGACGAGGUUGGAAUUAUGGAUGCUGAAGGAUUCUCAGUUAACAUUCCUUGGAGCUGUGGGGGUGUGGGAGAUAAUGAUUACAUUUAUGCCUUUCAACAUGUUGUACUUCCUAUAGCUUUAGAAUUUGCCCCUGAUAUUACAAUUGUAUCAGCAGGAUUUGAUGCAGCAAGGGGUGAUCCCCUUGGUUGUUGUGAUGUAACACCUGCUGGAUAUGCUCAGAUGACACACUUGCUUACUUCUAUCUCUGAAGGAAAAUUGCUGGUCAUACUUGAAGGAGGCUACAACCUCCGUUCAAUAUCCACUUCAGCUACAGCAGUGGUUAAGGUGUUACUUGGUGACAAUCCUUAUUGUGAGAUGAGUGACAUCGUGCCUUCAAGAGCAGGCCUGCAAACUAUUCUUCAAGUCUUGAAAGUUCAGUUGAAGUAUUGGCCAAUUUUAAAAGCAACCUAUCUGGUGCUACAGUCCCAAUGGGGCCUCGUUGCUUCUGAUAACAGAGACCAGAUGAAGAAGAGGAGGCAUCUGGUUGGACCAGUGUGGUGGAAAUGGGGAAGUAAGAGGUUCGUGUAUGAACUAUUUUAUGGCAGGCCACAUUCAAGACAUGUACAUGUCAAAAGAAUGAGACUUGGUUGAUAUUGCAAGGAAGGCGAAGCAUGCAGAUGUAAGGAUUUUGCUGGUGGAUGAUGCUGCCGGAAACAACCAAGAUUAGCAGAAGAUUGUUUGAUGGACAAGUUCUCAGCACAUUUUAUCUGCCAAAGUCUAGCUUAGGAUUUUGCUUGUUGCUGUAGGAUGUCCUUUUUUCGAAAUGUUUAACUAACAGAAACCAAAGCUUUAUGGGAGCAAACCAUUGUAAUUUAUCGUUGCUGUGAUUUCAGCGUGGUUGUGUUUAGUUUUCAAGAAGAAGCCCGUAAGAGCUCAUAUUUUAGGCUUUA